CCAGAAGAAAAGCGCAGGAGAAAGCUAUAGCGCUUCAUCGUCGCUUUCUUCAUUCGUUUGUUUCGUCGGAAAUCAGACUAAUACUGUCGGAGAAAUGGUCGUUUUGAUAUCUACUGCUACGUCUGCAACGACAGCCUACGGUGCGAACCCGAAGCUUCAAGACGAGAGUUUUCGCAUUUACCGGUGGAAACCCAGAUCGGAAGUUCCAUUUUUCUCAGGAUUGUGUGGCAAAAAGAAGAAACGUGAAGUUCCCAUUUUGUGCUUAGCGGUGAAGAACGACUCAGUUGUUCAAUCAGAGGAGAAGAUAAGAGGAAAAUUUAUGCCGAAGAGAAUGAAUGAUCGUAUCUUGAGUGAAGGGAGGGAUGACGAUGAGGAGCUUGGGCGGCCAAUAUGUCCAGGUUGUGGGAUUUUUAUGCAGGACGAGGACCCGGAUUUGCCCGGUUAUUAUCAGAAGAGAAAGGUCGCUGAGCAGAAGCUGGAGGAUGAGGAAGAGGAGGAACACAUCGAAGGUGAGCUUGAUGGGUAUGGAUUGGAUGGUGAAGUAGAAGAAGCAGAGUUAGACAAUGGAAUCAAUGGCAUAAUGGAGGAAAGUGAGGGAGAGGAUGCUAAAUCUGAAAGUGAGGAUGAAUUUGACUGGGAAUCGGAUGAAUGGGAAGCUAUGUUGGAGAAUGAAGAGGAUGAUGGUGAAUUAGAUGGUUUUGCUCCGGCCGGUGUUGGGUAUGGUAAUAUUACGGAUGAGGUAGUUGAGAAGGCAAAAACAAGAAGGCUCUCUAAAGCAGAGAAGAAGAAGAUGGUUAGGGAGGAAGCAAGUAAACAGAGGGAUGGUGUGACAGUGUGUGCUCGUUGCCACUCUUUGAGGAACUACGGCCAAGUGAAGAAUGAGAAGGCGGAAAAUCUGAUACCCGAUUUUGAUUUCGAGAGGUUGAUCUCAACCAGAUUGAUAAAACCCGCAAGUAACGCAAGUGCCACUGUCAUAGUCAUGGUUAUUGAUUGUGUUGACUUCGAUGGUUCAUUCCCAAAACGAGCAGCAAAGUCUCUGUUCAAGGUGCUGCAGAAAGCAGAAAACGACCCCAAGCUUAGCAAAAAGCUCCCAAAGCUUGUUCUUGUAGCAACAAAAGUCGACCUUCUCCCCUCACAGAUCUCACCUACUCGGUUAGACAAAUGGGUGCGGCAGCGUGCAAAGGCUGGAGGGGCACCUAAACUAAGUGGAGUGUAUCUGGUCAGUUCACGUAAAGAUGUGGGCGUCAGAAACUUACUGGCUUACAUCAAAGAAUCGGCCGGUCCACGUGGAAACGUGUGGGUAAUUGGAGCUCAGAAUGCGGGCAAGUCUACCUUGAUCAAUGCUUUAUCUAAAAAAGAAGGCGCAAAGGUCACAAGGCUGACUGAAGCUCCAGUUCCCGGAACAACUCUCGGGAUAUUAAGGAUUGGUGGGAUUUUGCCCGCAAAGGCAAAGAUGUACGAUACACCUGGCCUUCUUCAUCCGUACCUUAUGUCCAUGAGAUUGAAUCCGGAGGAGCGGAAAAUGAUAGAGAUAAGGAAGGAGCUUCAACCUCGGACGUACAGAGUGAAGGCAGGGCAAUCUGUGCAUAUCGGUGGACUGGUCAGGCUGGAUCUUGUCCAAGCUUCCGUACAAACAAUAUACAUAACAGUAUGGGCAUCACAUAGUGUUUCCUUACAUCUCGGAAAGACAGAGAAUGCGGAGGAGAUAUUCAAGAGCCACUCUGGUCUACGCCUACAGCCACCAAUUGGAGCGGACAGAGCAUCUGAAAUGGUGGGCGAGUGGCAAGAGAAAGAGAUUCAGAUGUCGGGAAAUAGCUGGGACGUGAAGAGCAUCGACAUUGCAGUGGCUGGUCUGGGAUGGUUCUCGCUCGGUCUCAAGGGUGAAGCCAAGCUGGCCUUGUGGACGUAUCAGGGCAUCGAAGUUACACUGAGAGAACCAUUGGUUCUUGACCGUGCGCCAUUUCUCGAACGGCCUGGUUUCUGGCUGCCCAACACCAUCUCCGAUCCCCUCCUUGGCAACCGUUCUAAGCUUGACGAGGCUCGGAAGAAGAAAAAGCAGAGAGACAAUACAGAUUUUCUCGCGGAGAUUUCUCCAUGAAACAGCUCAUAGAGCUGAAACUGAGAGUGUUCAUGAGCAGGAUGAAUGGAAAUGAACAUCUUUUUUCUCA